UUUAAAAAAUGGCAGACAUCGGCAAGCAUCUUGACGAAACCGUUCGGGAUCAGUGGGAAAGCCCGGUACAAUGGGACGCCAGGAAGAAGUUCAUCCUUCACAACUGGGACCAACAUCCAGAGGACCAGCUGGUGUGUCUGUCGAACGUCUGGGCCAAUAUGGAGUUCUUUGGAUGCAGAUACAACCCUGUAGUAGAACAGAGAGUAAAGGAAAUGGCAGCAGGCAUGCCGGAGUUCCAGAAACCAGAACUCCCUCAGUCAACAGCAGACCAAGAGGACAACAAGAAGAGGAAGGAGCCCAUAGUAAGAGGUGGUAAAAGAGACCUGAAAACCCUAAGUGACCCUCCUCACAGAACACUGAAGCACAUCGACUUGAAGAAGAUGAUCAGCUUCACAUCUGGUGGGGUGCUUGGGGGGGAGGGAAGGAAGACAGAAGAGCAGCCACCGAUGAAACAAGAGACAGAGAGCGAGUCAUUUGAGGCAUCUACAUUUUCUGUUCAGCCAAGCACAUCUUCCAGUCCUUCAAUGUUAGGUAGAAAUGAAGUUCAGCAAGAAAGCAGUGUUGCUAGUGAUGCAAAAAACAGCACAGUUUCUACAUCCAAACCAUCACCGUUCUUCAAGCCUAAUACACUCUCCAUAGAUAUGAAUAUGAAUGAACAACCUUCCAUUUUGCUCGAGAAUUGUGUCCAGAGGUCCCUUCUGGUAAAGAAGAAACGCUUCUUUAGUGGUUUGAGUGAAACUGUCCGCAGUAGGUUUGCAGAAAUGAGUGGAGUCACUAAGAAAAAUGUCGGUGAAUUCACACAGUAUCUUCAGCAGUGUAGAUUGAACCCCUUGCACAAGAUAGUCGAGGUGACCAGUUCCUCCACAUUUGUGUUAGAAACAGACAGGGCAGAGUUCCCAGGUUUCAGAGUGCCAGGGUUUGCUUGCGACCUGUAUAUUGAAGGUGUGUAUUUAGCAAGAGGAUACGGAAGGUCCAAAGCUCUGGCUAGAAAAUAUGCAGUCAUGAACGCAUUGGAGAGGCUGAGAGAUUAUAGUACAGUAGGGGUUUCCACAAGGAGCAACUCAGAAACUGGUAAACUUAUAGAGGAGUUUGUCAUUGAUACUGGUGAGCAGGUACCACUACAUCCUACCCUUUCUGCAGACAGUUUACCCCUGCAUAAGCCAAAAACCAAGGGAGCUAGGGAGGAGGGACCGAUAAAAGAAACGAACAUCGGUAAGCAGAUGCUUCGCAAAAUGGGCUGGUCCGGUGGGGGGAUUGGAAAGGUGGGUCGGGAGGGCAUCGCAGAACCAAUCAAAGUGGAGGUUAAUAUGGAGAGGCGUGCUGGUCUGGGAUACAGAAAGGGUAAGGCUGGGGCAAAAACCAGUACAGUCAAGGAAGCGGAAGCAGUAGAGAGGCUGAGUAGGGGUUGCCAUCGCUCAGUAGGGGUUACCACAAGGAGUGACUCAGAAAGAAGUAAACUUAUAGAGGAGUUUGUCAUUGAAACUGGUAAGCAGGUAGCCCCUACCCUUCCUGGAGACAGUUUGCAGGGGCCAGCUAAUACUUCAAGCUCUCCACAGAAGCCAAGAACCAAAAAGAGGGACAAGAAACCAAAAUUUGAUGAUAGCAAGAGUCUCUCUGAUUUUGUCAUUUAUGAGAAAGCAGAAAGUGCCAUCGGUAUCUUGAGCAUCUCGGCUCCAUUUAAUAGGAUGAAGGUUAACUUCAAGGUUAAUAAUAACAGGAGAAAUGGGGUAGCCAUGUACCAAUGUGCUGUGAGCAUUAACCAGAUGAUUGUAGCAGAUGCGUGGUCCAAUACUUCCAAGGGGUUAAAGCACCUGGCGGCAGAAGCGGCACUGUCCAAACUUCGACAAACUAAUCCUGUAGUGAAGCCUAAAAAGCCAGAGCUGACUGAAGACGCUCUGACAAGAGCAGAGGUGUUAGGUACCAAGGAGGCAGGGGAGGGACAGACUAAAGAAACAAACAUCUCUCUGGGCACUGCCACUGAUAUAGCAGAAAAACAGCUGAUUACAACAAAGGAAGCACACCAAUUCAUCUUGAAUUACAUCCAAUCUGGGAGGGAAGAAGACCAGGUGUUCUCUCCUGAGUUAACGCCAGGCGAGCGGGCGGCCAUCCACCAGAAGGCCAGUCAGUUCUACCUACAAACUAAGCAGUACGGGGUGGGGCAGAACAGGUACCUGGUCAUCGGCAGGAAGAGAAGUGCUCAAGAUGUGAUGGCACUGGCUCAGUUCAGACCAGGGCAGUAUGGCACAGUAGUGGUUGGGGAUGGAAAAUAUGAGGUCACCUUGCCACAAAAUGGCAGUUGGCAGUAGAUCUAAUGUGAUGAAAAAAAAAAAAAAACUACCCUAUGAUUUAUUAUGAGACAGUUCCUAGGUACUGUACAAUGUCAAUGACUAGAACUACAUUUGUUAGUGUCACAUAAUUUGAAAAUGUACAAAUGGUAAGAAAAAAUGCAAUACAGAAAAUUCAGGGAGAGUCCCUCUGACGUUUAUUAAAUAUAAUAUAUACUAUUAGGUUACAGGUCCAUGUCUGGCCAGUGAGUGUCCGUGGAGAAAAAUAUUCAAUUAUCUUUAUGAGAUGAGAUCUAUCUUAUGAUGCCACCUGUUACAUUGGAUCUUCUAUUUUUGUCUUGGAAUCUUCAUAUUGCCAUUAAACACUUUAUACAACCA